AGAAGAUUGCAAGUCACGUCUUCCCGUUCACAGGUAAAUGUAAUUUUUUUUUUUCUUUUGCUGGGAAUGAUCUGAAUUCUGGGUUUGGUCUUGAAAUUUUCCUUCUUUUUUUUUAAUGGAGGAAGCUGUCACGCAUGGUUGAGUCAGAAAAUCCAUGUAGGCUGCUUUAUUGUUCCAGCAAGUGUGAUAAAGUUGGAGUAAUACAGCCUAUACAGGAGUUAAAGAAAGGGGUGGAACCCAGUCUGGCUGACUAUGAUAGGAGGACAGCUCUUCAUUUAGCAGCCUGUGAAGACUGCACUGAAGUUUUUCUUCUACGUUUGGAGAAAGGAGCUGAUGUCAAUUCCCUUGAUCGUUGGGGUCGCACUCCAUCGUCGGAUGCACGUAGCUUUGGCCAUGAGGAGAUUUGCAAGAUAUUGGAAGCUCGAGGGGGAACGGAUCCGGUGGAACUGGACUCCCAAACUCCUUGCUAUGAAAUUGAUUUCAAAGGGGUAGACAUGGAGACAGCAGCACUUAUUGGAGAAGAACUCGGUUUGUGGCAAAGGCUGCACCACCCUAAUAUAGUGCAGUUCAUAGGUGUUCUGAAACAUUGUGACCGCUUGACUGAGUAUCUUCGGAAUGGAAGUUUGUAUGAUAUAUUGAAAAGAAUGGGAAGACUUGAUCCACCAACAGCAGUUGCUUAUGCUCUAGAUAUUGUGAGGAAUGUGUUACCAGAUGAAUCAGGUCGUCUUAAGGUUACAGAUUUUGGAUUGAGCAAAAUUGCACAGGAAAAGGAUUCACGCGGGUACAAAAUGACAGGAGGAACAGGCUCAUAUCAUUACAUGGCACCUGAGAUGUUCCAAGGACCCUCGAACUCUGCAGGAACUGCAGAACAAAUUGCAAACAAAAGGGCACAUGAAGAUUCAAGACCUCCACUGUCCUCAUAUCUAAUCCCACCACAAAUCCAGAUGCUUCUUCGAGAAUGCUGGCAUAAGAAUCCAGACUGUCGUCCCACAUUUGAAGAGAUAAUUUUACAGCUAGAGGCCAUCCAAGAGAGUUUGAAACGCAACAAAGUCAGAGGAGAGUUUGGAUGACUGGCAGUCAUUCACCAUGCUGUAAUUCUAUCAGGAGUCAUCAUUAUUCAAAACUUUCACCUUUUAAGGUUCUAUGGUAUAUACACAUAACCUGCAAUAGAUACAGUACAUACAAGAAUAGUAUCAUUUUUUUUUUUUUUUU